CGAGGCACCGAGAAAAAUGAAGCGUAUGUUUUCGAAGAAGGGACUCGUAGAGUCCGCCAAAGACGAGAAAAUCGAGGAUGUGGAAAGUGAUGCUGAUCUUCAAGAGUAAGUCGUUUUUCCUUUUCUGGAAUUGGACGAUUAACCCUUUCUAUAGCAUUCAGCCUCCUCCAGAAAAGGCUCUCGAACUUCCUAAAGAAUGGCUCACUACUGACUUGGAAGAGCAAAACAGCAGUAAAUGGGGCGAAAAGAUUGUGAAACAAAUCUACAAGCUGCAUAUUGAUGAGGAGAUGCGCAAUUGCGAGCCCGAAUAUACAACCCUUCGCGAUCUAAAGUUUUGGUUAGGAACCUGGAAUGUGAACGGCAAAAAGAUUGACGAGAACAUUAAUAUCUGGCUGACGGGCUCUGUGACUGGAAAGCCCACUGCCGAUAUCUACGUUGUGGGUCUCGAGGAGAUGGUGGAUCUGACAGCAACGACCGUGGUGCUCGAGGCGCAAAGCCAGAAGCGAGCCGGUGUUUGGUUAGAGAUGGUGUCGAAUGCUUUAAAUCGCGGCGCCAAGAACGAUGAGACGAGCUACGUGUUGAUCGAGCAUCAAAUCCUUGUCGGUGUUUUCCUAUCGCGUGACGGACGUGAUGACGACGACGGCUGCGACGGGUCUAUUGGGCAUGAUGGGAAACAAGGGAGGCGCUGCGAUCCGCAUGAAGCUUAUGGACAGCACGGUUUGCUUCGUUUGCUCGCAUCUGGCGGCCCAUCGCGAGAACGUGGCGGGUCGAAACGCGGAUUUCCACAAGUGCGAGCGAGGCGGUGGGUGAACGGUAGGAUCUGCGAUAACAUUCGGUUCAAAACGGAGGACGAGACCUUCGGAAUCCUGGACCACCAGCUGAUUUUCUGGAUCGGCGACUUGAACUACCGAAUCACUUCGGAUGUGCCCACGCUGCGCGUGUUUGAUUAUGCUCGCGACGACUUGGACUAUCUGCUGAAGAAGGACCAGCUGAAAGUGUCGCAGCGCGCAGGCCUGGCGUUCGAGGAGUUCACGGAGCCGGAAGUGAAGUUCCCUCCGACCUACAAGUACAAGAAGUACACGACGCAGUACGACAAGAAGGAGGGAAAGAAGUGCCGCGCGCCGGCGUGGUGCGAUCGUAUUCUGUACAAAACGGGCGAUGGAGCGUCGAUGGACGACAUCGAAGUGCUGACCUACGACCACAUUAUGAAGCUGAGCGGAUCGGACCACAAGCCGAUUUUCUGCGAGAUGAACGUCCGUGUGAAGGAGUACGACCCCGCGAAGCGGAAGAAGAUCCAGCUGCGGAUCGAGCGGGAGCUGAAGAAGAGCGAGAACAGCGCUGCGAAGGUCCACGUGGAGCUGAGCGGGGACGAGAUCGAUUUCGGCAAGCUGAAGUACCGAACUCCGGAGCGUCGCACGCUGACGAUUUCGAACGAGGGAGAGGGCAACGCGUACUUCCACUUCCUUCCCAAGGCGGAAGACUCGCACAUCUGCAAGCGUCUCUUCAACGUGUCAAAGGCGUACGGCGUGGUGAAGCCGAACGAGAAGCUGGACAUCGAAAUGGAGGCGCUGAUCGACCCCGAAGCAGCGCAUGAGCUGAAUGGAGGCCACGACGUGCUGCAUGACGUGCUGGUGCUUCGCGUGGAGCACGAUCGCGACUACUACAUCACGAUGUUCGGCGAUUACGUGAUGUCCUGCUUUGGACAGUCUCUCGAAAACCUGAUUCGAAUGAAGGCUCCAGCGCGCGAGUCCUCCGAGAUCAGCAGCAACAGUCCCGUGGCGAUGGCGAUCCCGAAGGAGUUGUGGCGCAUGGUGGACUACAUGAUGCAAUAUGGCUGCGACAGCGCGGGUCUGUGGACGGACAAGGGAAUCGAAGGCGAGGACGCGCUCAUUCGCGACAUGCUGGACGAGGGCCGACCGUUCGAGGGCAUCGACGUUCACUCGAUGGCGGACUGCCUGCUGGACUGGUUCCGCGCGCUGCAGUCGCCGCUGAUUCCAGAGAAGUGCACGUCGCGCAUUGAAAAGGGCGAGAAAAUCAACAGCGCGUUCGUCGAUGCGUUUAUGAAUAUGAUGUCUCCGGUCCGAAAGAAUGUGUUUGUGUAUAUGAUUAUGUUUUUGCGCGAGUUGCUCAAACAUGCGGAAUCAAAUGAUCUGACCGCGGAGUUCCUGGGAAUGAUUUUCUCGCAAGUGUUCAUCGUGAAUGCCUCGAAGAAGCAGCAGCUGAGCAAGGAGUACCGCGUAGCGCAGGAGAUGGUCACAGAGUUGCUAAUCUACCUGCUGAAGUCGACAGCUCAACAACUCGCUGGAGAGGUUGUUGCGGAGGACUCUGGAUCCGAGGCUUCCGACGAAGACUAAGGAAGGGUUGGGUAAUUGCGUUCAUUCUUUG